GAGAGGAGAAGGAACGACGACGCGAACGCCGACAGCGAUUGCGAUAUAAACGGAGUUUCGGGACAUUUGAUUGUGUGGAUGACUUUUCGGCUCGCCUUUUUUUCGCGUCGCGGCUAUCGCUGAUAAAAAAAAUCGCUUGAAAAAAAUUUCAAACACACUCCGUGUGGCGCUGUAGAAUUUGAGAAAAGUGAUCCAUUGGUUGAUUUGCAGUGAAAUGUAUGCUGGUACGUGAUUCGCGUGCUAGCGUAGCGGUGGAUAGGUGGAUGGUGCUGUUAAUCGAGGAAGCCUGGUACCGCGUAUCCGGCGACGUGUCGGAUAAUAUAAAAACAUCGUGUUACCCGCGGCGUGUCGAGCCGUCGUCUUUCGAUGUGCUGAGGCAGCGUGCAAUUGGAGGAGCAGCGGGAGGAUGCGAGGAGCCGCAGCAGCACCGCAACCGGCGCCGGCGCCGACGUCGACGCCGACGCUACAUCAGGCAUCCCAGUGCAUACCGAUCCAGACCAAUUAUUACAUGCUGCGUAACGGUGGCAGCAAUGACAAUGGCAGCAUCGCGGCGCACGGCAGCGACGGCUGCAAUUCCGCCAGUAAUUCGCCGGUGGCGUGUUACGAGAGUUUCACGCCAUCCGCGACGCAUCUGAUGGACCUUAGCGGUCCAGCGCCGGAGCAGCAGCAGCAUCGUAAUCUUUUACCGUCCGAUUAUCAUCAUCAAGUCACGGCUGGUUACGGUCUUUCGCACAUUGUCUAUAAAAAUCUGGAAGACUCGAGGUACCAUCAUCAUCAUCAUCAUCACCAUGACGUGUAUUCGCCCGGCGGCUGUGGCGCCGAGGAAAUGGUCGCUCCUGGCUCCGUCCAGUCGAUCGGCCAAGGCCAGUCCUAUCAUCCCGUGGAUGGAGUACCUGCUGUCAUGGAAUACAAGGCGGAGGUAAUCAAGUUCAAGCCCGAGGUGGGUAUGGUCGAUCAUGUCUCGAGGUACUGCAAGCAGACCUCGGACGUCGGUCACGUGACGGAGCCGUCGUCGUCGUCGACGACGAGAAACCAUGGUGCCGCGAACGGCAGGCCGGCUGGCAGAAAGAAGAGGAAGCUCAGCGGCACCAGCAACAACGAGUCUGAGGGCGAGACGGUAGCCUCCUCGACAAGAACCAAGAUACGCCGCAAGAACGGCCAGAGCGACGAGGAGACUCAGAAUCAAAGGGCAAUGGCGAAUGUCCGCGAACGUCAGAGAACGCAGAGCCUCAACGAGGCAUUCGCCGCGCUUAGAAGGAUCAUACCUACUCUUCCAAGCGACAAGCUUAGCAAGAUUCAGACUCUCAAGUUGGCCGCUAGGUACAUCGACUUCCUGUUCCAUCUGCUCAGACGUAGCGGCGAUAACAGCGAAAACACUGAAAAUAUAGCAAAGGGAUACUGCAAGCUUACGGUACCGACUGCACAUUAUUUGGAGAGACGCUCGAGGAUUGUCUCCGUCGGCACCUCUUCCGUCGAGCGAAGAGAGAAGCGCCAGAAGUGCGAUUUUGACCGCGAGGGAUAUCGCAUCGUCACCCAGUACUUAUACGUCGCAUGAAUUAUCCUACGCUUUCAGUGUUUGGCGAAUGAGAGACGAUUGGAAUUCGAAUUUGUAAAAUAAGCGACCCUGUUAGGAUAACAUAUUACAUUAAAGUUUAAGGUAAGAUAAGCGAGAGAGAACUGCGAGACAUUCGUAAAUUUAAUGUACGCCGCAAGAAUAUCUUGUUCAUCAAAAAGAUAUAAUACGCGUACAAGUACGAUAAUUUUGAUAUGAAACUAAAGAAAUUAGAGAUUAGGGAAAAAAAGGUAUGAAAUAGAUGUUCCUGCAGCUUUACUAUGCACGUAAUGUUACCUCUCGCCGAUUCUUUCGAAAAUCAUUAUUUUUUAUAUAAAAAUAAAUAAAUUAUUAUAUAUAGGAUUGUGAUCUCACCCGUGCGAAAUAAUAACAUUCACGGCGUUCUCUUCCGGCUCGCUUUGAAAUCUAAUCGUGGCAGUUAAUUCUGUCCCCGUUAAUUCGUGGCAUCGCCCGGCCGCUCGCUCUCGCUCGCAAUAAUGUAUAAGCCAAUAAUUUACGUCUUCUCAUCGGACUAUUAACGGUGCGACAACUCCUUCGUGUACCGCAUCGCAUCGCUGCAAAGCGUGCUUAUUAACCGACGCCGCGUCACGCACCUGCAUCAAUCAACGAAAUUAUCUCUCCGCGAGAACGACAACGAUCGUGGCAUGAUGGAUCUUUGUCCCUGCUCGCAUGGAUUUAAAUUGGAGUGAAAACAACUGGUGUUGUUACGCAAGAAAAUGAAAACGUUUUCUCAAAAUUUCUCCAAGACUUUCGACAAAGAGCCUUCUUUAUUCUUUUAUUCUUCAUAUCGCGGGGUAUAUCUCGAUAACAAUAAAAUACGACGGGUAAUCGAUUAUUGCUGGGAGAUUCCCUCACUCGCAUUUCUAUUCUUCGUUUUUGGCUAUCUCUCGAAAGCACGUCUUGCAGCCCGUUAACGCCAAAUUUACGAGCGUUUACUCGGUCUGUCCAAACAAUCUUUUUGCAUAGCUGAUUUAUUGAAUCUUGAAGCUUCACUAAACUUGCCUUCGAAGCAUUCACCGCGAACUUGAGUCGAUAAACUGCAAAUUUCAUAACUCUUAACGUAGCAAAUAUUUUAUAUAUAUAUAUAUUUGCACAUAUAAAGAACAUUUAAAAAUUAUAAUAUUAGAUUUAAAUUAUAUUUAAAUUAUUAUAAAAUAAUCCUGGCAAAAUACAAAUGUACUUUGCAAGUGAAUUCUGCAUAUACAAAAUAUAAGAUAAACUUUUGAAAACUUAUCUCAUCACAUCACAUACAUAUUAUUUGACAUAGUUGAUCUUUGAUUAAAACAUUCGAAGUAAUUUCGAACAAAAGUGGAUUUAAGUAAAUUUUUAUGCGAAGGUUCAACUUAUAUAAUUUAACUUUUUAAAAAUGAUCAAUCGCCGUUCAUUUAUAAUAUAUUUUACCGCAGAGAGGACGAUCGCGCGUCCAGCUAUAUGAUAAUCGCCGGAUUCGGGAGCGUCUUAAAGAAACAGUAGGAGAGAAAGAAAGUUAACGAGUAAGUUUGGCGCCCAUCAGUCGGGCACAAUAUUAUUUUUCUUUUUCUCCUAAGAUGACAGAAUUGCCACGACGGGCCUCUUCGUCGGCUUCUUCAUCGCGUAUCGUAAUGUAAAGUAUCCGUCGCGACUUUGCUACCAACAUCGUGAAUAUUGCGAAUGACUUUAGUUAUUUUAAACCGGUCAAAGCAAACUCUUUCGGCCGUGUUUUUUAGCCUCUUAACGAAGAUACGCCGCGUUAAAGAGCCGCUCUCCGACUCUUUAUUACGGCAUUGAACCAUGGCAAAAAAACAAAGAAAAAAAAGCAUGGCCGACAAGAUGAAAAAAGCGCGCAAUUUUGGCAUGGAUAGGCAUAAUAAAAUCUCCUUUUUCUAUUCCGAAAUCAUCGGGACCGAGCUAAUCCUUUAUUCUUCUCUCCAUCUUUUUAUUUAACAAUAAUAAUACACGCAAGAUGAAAUGUCUUGCGCAUCUUUUGUUUACACUUUCUCACAUAUGGCCAAAUGUGACAAAUGUGUAGUAGGAGAGCUGCGCUAAUACAGAAUUUCAAUUUAUAAAAGCCAAUUGUUACGAAGCAAAAUUAAAAUAUAUACCACUUAGAUACUUAGAUAGAUGAAAAAAUGUUAUGAAUGUUGCUAUAUGAUAAAUCUUGUUAAUCGUAAACACACACAUUAAUAUUUGCAUUUAUUAAUAAAUGUCUACAAAGAUUGUUUAUAUGUGUUUAUAUAAGCUUAAUAGAGAAUAUAAAAACACGUAAAUAUAAAAUAAGUUACAAAUUAAAAUAUAUCAAUCUCAUAAUCAUUAUUUAUAUCAGCCUGUUAACUUGAUAAAAUAUAAAAUACAAAAUCUUAGUUUAAAAGGAACAGAGGGUUUUUUUUUUAGUUAGUUUAGAGUGAAAAGUAAUUUACAUUAAUAAAUAGGAGAUUUUUCUUACAUUAUAAAAAUUCACGAGCAAUUGUCGACGCAUUCUUGAUGAUUGAAUUCUCACAAACAUUUUAUAUAAAUUAUAGGUAUUUAUUAGGAUGAUACGUUUUGUUAAAACAACAACUUAUGGAUUUUUUUGUUAACAAAUUAUUUUUAAUAACACCGGCAAUUAUAUCAUCGCGAGAGAAGAUGAAGGUUCUUUUCCGUAUCGUCCUUGAACUGUCAUUGUUCGGCUUGUUGUCUAGGCCUUCGUAAAGCGAAGCAGCUGUCAUAGUCAUUCUCGACGUCUUUCUUUUGCCACCGCUAGAUAUCCUACACGAAUGUGUAGGAUAUCCAAAAAAAUCGACACUUUCGACGGGAAAAUCGCAAUUUUUGCAAUAAAUCGGUUUUAGAAGAGCGAGAUUAUUUGAGAAAGACAGACAAACACUUUCAAGAAAUACUAUAAAGAAUGGAAUUUUAGUUUCCAACAUUCGAUUGUUAACAUCAUAAUGUUUGCUUUCGACAAAUCGACAAUUUGACAAGACAAAUUCGAUAUUCAGAUUAUCGUUUUAACGUUUAUGAGAUGAAUUUUUAACGAUCAAUUGAGAUUUAAGUCGGAUAGAUGCAUCGCGCGGCGAAAGAGAGGACGUCGGGCGUACAUCGAAUUUGUUUUUGUAGAGCGGUGAAGAGCAUUUCAUUGGAGGGAUUUCCCGAAAAGGCCCUCUCGUCGGGAGACGCCGAAUGUUGGAUGUGUGUCUUGGCUAAUUGAAUUCAAAGAGAUUUAUGGUCGGCACCGGCGCGUUGCGCGACGAAUAAAAACGACAGAAGUGCGCGCGCGUCGCGGCUCUCCCGCUGUCGAAAUUCCUUCUCUGGACUGUCGCCCUAGCCGAAACGUUGAUAAAUGUUUUUACCGGGCCAAUUAACGUUAGCAGACUGACGAAGAACUUUAGCUUGAUGAUUACCGGUGCUAAUCGCGCCAAUUUUUCGCGCAUCUGCUAGAUCUCGGUUAAUUGCCCGAGCAAGAGUAAAGCUAACUCGGACAUGUUAAUAAUAACAAUUGAUGUAUCAAUAAUAUUAAUAUGUUUUAAUUUGUAAUCAUAUUUAUAUUUAUGUUUUUUUCAUAUUUUCUAUAAAAUAUGUCUAUAGAAAGUUUUGCACUUUUCGUAAGAGUUUAUGUUAAUUUUUUACGUUUCAAUUUAUGCAUUUAAAUUUAAUAUUAAUGUGUCAAUAGUUAGUUAUAAUGUAACAAACUAGCACGUAUUUCAUAACAUUUCCUUAUUAUUUAUUGCAAUUCGAAACGUCAGUAUAGAUUUGACUUGCCAAAUAACAAGAAAGAAAAUAUAUAUGUAUAUAUUUACAACAAAUAUAUAAAAUAUUUGUACAAAAUAAAAGAAAUUUUACAAGCUACAACUGUUGUAUAAUCACAACUUUUUACGACUCAGUUUGAAUAUAUUUUUUAGAUAGCACAAAGGUAUAUACGUAUAUAUAAAAUGCACUCUUGCGGAUACUUAACUUGCAGCAAGUGGCCGAAUAAUGCAAUAAUUUAUUAUUUCCAUGCGAGCCCCGCGAGCGUUGUAUGUAUCACGAGUUAAUAUACAUAUGUAUCUUUUUCUUCAUUUGUAUAUACGUGUUACUAUGUAACGGUCGUAAAUAGCGUUCUGUAAAUAGCUGCGUGAUAGAUUUUAACGGAGCUUUUGACGAUGAUAUCUCGAUAUCCAUUCCGUCGACUCGAAUGCUAUUCGCAUUUUGCUUAUUUAUCCGAGCGCUCUUGCUCGCACAUUUGUAAUGUACAAUAUUUUUAUACUCGCUGCGAUAAAUGAGAAAAGAGAUGAUGGAAAAAAUAUUGGAGUAAAUGUUUCUUUCUUUCCGCUUUCCUUUAAAUUAAGCCGCUCUUCGUGUCGUAUAUCGUCGUAGACAGAUAUUCUAAGAAUUUUUCUAUGACUAUAAAUUCUCUUUAAUUAUGAAUAUAUUUUGUAAUAAUCUUGCGAACGCUUAUGAUGUCAAACACGCGUAACGAGCAUCUGCGAAACACAUAGACACUUUCGGGCUAAAUUGGGAAAUUUACAAUUGAAAUCGCAAUUGUAGAAAAGAGGAUACAUCCGUUGUUACGUGAAUGUGAUGAAAGAAUGAGAGAGGAGAAGAGAGUGAAGGAAAAAGAUUCGAUAAAUAAUUGAUCAAACUCUAUCCGAGAGACGACGGCGGCAGUCUUAAUGGAAUUAGACAUGCCAGUGCAAAUAUUAUUGCAAGCAACGGACCUGAACAGAGACGCCCAGCUCGCUUCAUUCGUCGAAAGCCAUGUCAUUGUGUUCUGCCUGGACCAAUCGUGUAAGAUCAGAUGGGAUGCUGGCUUUCCUCUCCCCGUUCUAUCAUCGCAUUCAAGGAUGUUGAAGCGCGAGAAUGAGAAAUUGCAAGACGGUUUUAUAAGCGUUUUGCUCUCUGCCAACUUGAUUACUUCAUAUCGAUAUCUAAAAGUUAUCGAUCGAAAACUAA